AUGGCCUUCUCUGCCUCUUCCUCGCGCUCCUCUCAUCUACACUUUGUUCUCCUUUAUUCUCCAAAUUCAUUCUCCGAGGAGAGGCGGCCGCCAACCACCACGCACACCGUCUUACCAUCGUACGCUGGUGAUCUGGUGAUAACCGACAAGAUUCUUUUACAAGCUUUGCUUAAGAUGAUUCAGCGGUAUAAAUACCAUAUCACACUCCAUGAGCACCUACUGUAUCUUGAAUUCGAUAAAGCAAAAUGA